ACUGUAUACGGUCACCUCGCAUAAAGCUGUGCACCGCGUGGCUGCAAGUCCAUCCGGAUCCCAGACGCAGCCGAAUGACGCGUCACUUUCUCCUCAGCCGUCGCGAAUUUCUCACCAUCUCAGCCGCCCACCAUCUCAACCUGCACCCAUUCCUUCGCCGGAGUUGGGCAACCUCCACCUUGUAUCCAUUUCGCACCCACCUAUAGUCACAGCAGUCACUAAUCGUCGCAGUAUAGCUGCUCCAAGUUGCAAUGGCAGACCCUUCAAGCUCAGGCGGCGCCCGCCAAGACUCUUCUUCCGGAAGUGCACUUCGCGCCGAUAACAACGCUACGACCGGCGACAAUGAGAAUCCUCUGGAACCCAAAGCUCUUCUCCGCACUCUCAUAGAGGCUCUUCCUCAGACGGGAGGCAAAUUCACCAUGAAGUCGCCUGCUGACCUUACGGUCGCCCUGUUCCACGCCGCUAUGUCGAGAUAUGGGUUUAGGUUUAUUGGUGUUGGUGAGGAACGGAAAGACCAUGCAGACUAUCCCGACACGGACCAAGCUUCCGUAGUCGUCCGCAGCCUCCCCUCGGACUGGAACGCUACGGGCGACAUGUUCUCCUUCCGUUACAAGCACUCGCAAUCAUCUCUCACGUUCCUGCUGAAGUGCGUCAAAGUGGGCAAGAACAAAUUGAUUGUGCAUGGGAUGGGAAUCGAGGAUGAGAAGCUGCAUACGAUUGAGUUGGCUCCGGGGACGUUCAUUUCGGAGGCGUUGGACUUUCCCUUUGAGAUUCAGCUUGACGCAGAGGGUGGAAGCAGGGGCGGAGCAGUUAAGAAGGUUGAGAGUGCUUUCGCGUCGGAAGAUCAGUUGUACGCCGUGCUGAGAGAGUUCAGGGUUGGGAUCAUGCAAAAGUUGAUCCCCGGGUUGAACAAGCCGGGCUAUGAGCCUGACACGUCCAGCUCCAGAUCCACCGCGGCAAGCAGCUCCUCCCGCGACAACACACAGAACCGUCCACGCCCGCCCUACUUUUACCCAAUCACCGGCGUCCCUUAUCCCGAGGGCGAAGACGAGCACCGCACAGGCCCCCUCUACUCACCCUUCCGCAAUCCGCAUUCAGUCGGCGAUGUCGACCUCGACCCUUUCGGUGCAUUAGGCGGGCCCUUCCGUCCUCCCUUGUUCUCCGGAACAGGUGGCCCGGGUGGCUUCGGUGGCGGAGGAGGAGGAAUGUUUGUGGGGCCAGAUCAUCCGAUGUUUGGUGGGCGUGGGUUCCCGGAGUAUGGGGGCGAUGGCAUGCUGCCACCGGGCGCGGCCCCGCCUGGAGCGCGGUAUGAUCCGAUUAUGCCGCCGGGGAUUCCGGGACCUGGCAGACCGCAGUUUCCCUCGCGAGGGGGAUUUGGCAGAGGGGGUGGGAGGGGUGGAUUUGGUGGAGCUGGAUGGAGAAGCGGUGACCCAGACAAUGAUGAACUCCCGCCGCCAGGUUUCGAGGACGACAUGUUCAUGUGAAGAUCUUCAUGCGACUUGCGCAUCGUACAGGGCGUGCAUCGCGAGCGCCUUUCUGCAUUACUAAAGCGGAAGACGUAGCGGCUCUCUGCUCUCGGGACCGUUCCUCCGAAACAAAACAACCUAAGUAGCUGUCAAUCAUUAUGUAUACUUCUUUGCGCUAGGCUGUAAUAGGAAUAGUUGAAGACCGCACGGAGCCUAUUACUAUGGUAGUGAGCAGUGGUAAAAGCUCUUGGAUUUGGGAAUAGUUUACAUGCUUGCUGUUUAUGGCCCGUUUGUGCAUGUACUGUAC